AUGGCCAUUCUCAAGAACCUCGCAGCUCUGCUGCUGGCCGCUGCUCCCUUUGCCGCUGCCGCUCCUGCCCCGUCCGGCUCUGGCAAGUACAUCAUCACCCUGAAGAACGGCAUCGCCGCCCGUGAUGUCGACUCUCACCUCGAGUGGGUCAGCGACAUCCACGCUCGCAGCCUUGGCCGCCGCAACCUCGACCUCGCUGGCAUCGGCAAGAAGUACGAGAUUGGCUCGUUCAACGGAUACUCUGGCCACUUCGACGAUGCCACCAUCGAGGAGAUCCGCAACAAUGAUGAGGUCGCCUACGUUGAAGAGGACCAGGUCUUCACUCUUUAUGGGCUGACGACCCAGUCCGGCGCGACUCACGGCCUCGGCACAAUUUCCCACCGCAACAAGGGCUCUCGCGACUACAUCUACGACAGCAGCGCCGGCCAGGGAGCGUACGCCUAUGUUGUCGACAGUGGAGUCAACACUGCCCACGUCGAGUUCGAGGGUCGUGCGUCCAAGGGCUACAACGCGGCUGGUGGCGCUUUCGAGGACACCCUCGGCCACGGCACUCACGUGUCUGGCACUAUCGCCUCCAAGAGCUACGGCGUGGCCAAGAAGGCAUCGAUCAUCGACGUCAAGGUUUUCCAGGGUCGUACUGCCGACACCUCCGUGAUCCUUGACGGCUACCAGUGGGCUGUCAAGGACAUCAUCAAUAAGAAGCGCCAGGCUCGCUCCGUCAUCAACAUGUCCCUCGGUGGCCCUAUCUCCCGUGCCUUCGACGAUGCCGUCGAGAGUGCUUUCCGCUCGGGUGUUCUGUCUGUCGUUGCGGCUGGCAACGAGAACCAGGAUGCCUCCAACGUCUCGCCCGCCCGUGCCCCCAACGCCCUCACCGUCGGCGCCGUCAACGCCGAAUGGGUCGCGUGGUACUGGAACUCCCAGCAGGGCACCAACUACGGACGAGUCGUCGACAUCAAUGCCCCCGGUGAGGAGGUCCUAUCAACCUGGAUCGGCUCGACGACUGCCACCAACUCCAUCACUGGCACGUCCAUGGCCACACCUCACAUUGCUGGCCUUGCCAUCUACCUCGCUGUUCUUGAGAACAUCAACACCCCGGCUGCCUUGACUUCGCGCAUCAAGGCUCUUGGCACCAAGGGCAAGAUUGACGGCCUCAAGGGCGGUACCGUCAACCUGCUUGCCUAUAACGGGAACCAGUAA